AUGCUGCUGUUCACUAAAGAAGGGACUUUCCAGAUCCAAGUGGGUCACCUGGAGCCCGAAGAAAUCUCCCUGAAAGGAGAGGGGAGCUUUCCCAGCACCUACUUGGACCUGCCCAGGAACAUCAAAGGAAAUGAAAAAUAUGAGAAGGUCCUCAAGGAGGUGAUAGAAAAGAUGGAAGAAGACGGCCGGGGAGAGGAAGCAGCAGUUCUGAGGGCGGCUGUGGCCGCGGAGCCACCCCCAGAUCCCUUGGAGGCCGUGCUGGACCCUGGGCUGCAGAUGCAGAAGAACACGCCCUGGAGCAGCAGAAAGCCUUCACCUCUGGUCCCCCAGAGGCCACUGCCUUUGACCAGCACGCUCGUCGGAGGCUUCUCAGAGCUGAGCUGCCCGAGAACCUCCUGGACUUUGGGUACGUGAUUCUUGGUAACACCGCCACGCACGUCGUGAGGAUCACCGACACCGGGCAGUUCCCUGUGUCCUUCCGCACUGACAGACGGGUCCUGCGUGACACAGGUAACCAGUGCUGGCGAGCCUUCACGUGGGCUCGAAGGAGCUGUCUGUGAGAGAUGAGCUUAAGCCGCUGGACACGGGGAGGUUUUCUGAGUGCUUGUAUGUAUAACUACUUCCUCCUUGGGACCCGCUGCCUGGUGCUUUAGAGCCUGAGUUCUCCUGGCCGGCAGCGCUGAGACCCGGCCUUCUCGGUCCCGCCGUAACGCUUCCCUGCCGGGGCUGGGGGGGCUGAUCACCUUGGUCACCUCCCAGCAUCUUCUGCUCUUGGCUACCAUGAGCAUCAUCUGAUGGGCACUCCAGGGGCUUGUGUUGCAAACAGAUGGACCCUCUGUGGUUUGGAAGUGCUUUGUUUAAAGUUCAUGAGGCCAUAGCACUUGUGUUCAGCCUUUAUUGAGAAGACAGCCUGUGAGGUCCUCUGUUGUCUCAAAUAGGCUGGGUCAUCUUGUUUGACUCUAAUAUGAAAUCUAGUACUUGGUGAACUCUGUAAGGUAGCUCUGCUUUAGAACGAGUCGCCAGAGAGACAGUGUGGUGACAGCGGCUCCGUGUGGCCGAGCCCUUUGGGAGCUCAUUCCUGCUGUAGUUCGGUGGGUGGUUAAAGUGCUGCAGAGGCUCCAACAAGGGAAAGGCCUCCCAGGUUCUGCAGCACAGUUCACGCCAUUUUCUGCAGUGGGAUAUUCACAUCAGCAAGACUUUAUUAAAACCCUUGUCAUUUGAUCCAAAGAGAACAGAAAGCCAACCUCCA